AUGUCAGCAACAUGGGAUCCAUGCACAAGCCAUCUUCUCCAUUUCCCAUCACCAUCAAUUUCUUCAUUUCAAUCAAGCCUUGUCUUUUCGACCAGUCAGACGAGUCCUCUCUUUCCCACUCCAAUCACCAGCCCAACUUUUCCUAUUAGUUCUGUUUAUUCAUCAUGUGAUCUUUCCCAUUCAACUGCAUCAAAUCAAUCAGAAGAUAUGAAGCCUGAAACAAGAAAAAUGAGAACAAGACGAUACAAGACCCCAUCACCACAGCUGUUGCGAUCAAGGAGAAGUGCGGCCAAUGAAAGAGAAAGAAGACGAAUGCUUAUGUUGAAUUUGGCUUACGAUAAGCUACGCACAGUUCUCCCCGAAAUGGAUUCUGGCCGACGUCUCUCGAAAUUUGAAACUCUUUUAAUGGCUCAACAAUACAUUGAAGGUCUUUCUAAAAUUCUUCGAUCUCCAUCUAGUAAACAU